AUGACAAUGGAGGAAACAAAGCUAGACAAAGCGUUAGAAGAAAUCAUAGAAAAAGAGAAAGCGGCCACGGAUGCGAGAAGCCUGCAAGAUGAUAACAAGAAAACGGAAAAGGCAGCAGCGGAGGAGCACCGCAACCGAGCGGUUGAGCGUUUGGGUGAAACCAAGAAAAGGAAUGCCGAGAAACAAGACGAAAAAGCCCAGACGGCGAAGAAAGGAAGAAGAUCGACGUCGGAAGUGGUGCAAUUUCUGAAAGAAAAGUCAGAAAGAGAGAGUGUGCUGAGAAAGGAGGAUUUCGAGUUGAGACGAAAGGAGCUGAGUCAAAAGGAGGAUAUGAUGAAAAUGCUAGCACAACAACAGCAGCAGCAGACUCAGCUUAUGCUUUGUUUGCUUGCAAAAGGCCAAAAUAAGAACAGUUAA